UGUCAAUUGAGAUCUAUCAGCAACUGAACCUCGCAACUCUGCACUGCAAACACUGUCCCUACCACCCCUUCCUUGUACGGCGUUGAUUGCGAAUAUGGCACAAUCGAACGGCACCUCCACCAUAUCCAUCGUCGACUUCAGUGCCUUCCCAACUGGAGGAAAGGUAGAACAAGAGCAAGUCGCCCGGCAAAUUGACGAUGCAUUUCGGGAAGUGGGCUUCGUGUAUCUCAAGAACCACGGGAUUCCCAAAGCGAAAGUAGAAGAGUGUUUCUCUUGGUCCAAGAAGUUCUUCGCCCUUCCCAUGGAAACCAAGAUGCUUGCACCGCACCCACCAUCGGGAGCCCACCACCGCGGGUAUUCCGCCCCAGGUCUCGAAAAGGUUACUCAGCACCAGUACGAGAAAGACGAUAUCGCGAAGUCGCGGGAAGUCUCAGAUUGCAAGGAGUCCUACGAGUCCGGUAACGUGAACGACGAGGCCCAGCCCAAUAUCUGGCUGCCGGAGGAGAAACUCCCAGGCUUCAGGGCGUUCAUGGAGUCGUACUUCGCCGAGUGCGCUGCCCUGAUCCACAGAAUCCUCGAUGCGCUCAGCAUCGCGCUCGCGGUUCCGGAGCCCGGCCUCUCACCUACGCAUUCAAAGUCGCUUUUCCAGCUGCGUCUGUUGCACUACCCCGCCAUCGAUGCGGCAGAGCUCAAGAACAACAAGCGCAGUAGGAUAAAUGCGCACUCGGACUUUGGAACUAUGACAUUGCUGUUCCAGGAUGAAGUCGGCGGCCUCGAAGUCGAAGACCCAAAACACCCGGGGAAAUUCAGCUGUGCGGGUCCUAUCGACGACGCGGUGCUGGUCAACAUCGGAGACCUGAUGAUGCGCUGGUCGAAUGAUCGUUGGCGCUCGACGGUUCACAGGGUUGGUCUUCCGCCGCCAAAGACUGGUGCGGUGGUCCCGGAUAGGUAUAGUAUUCCAUUCUUUGCGACGGCGGACAUGGAUACCGUGAUUGAGGCGCUGCCGGGUACGUGGGGUGAGGAUAGGCCGAAGAAGUAUGAGCCUGUUACGGCGUGGGGGUAUGUGCAGAUGAGGAUGGCGGCGACAUAUGAGGAGUAG